GGCGGCGGCGGCGCCUCGUGCGCGCGGUUAUUUAUUUAUUUCCGGCCCCAGAGCGCUUAUAAUGGAGCCGCUGUCAGCAGAACCUUCUGCCGCCGCCGCCGCCGCCGCCGCCGCCGCCGCCGCCGCCGCCGCCGCCGCCGCCGCCGCCGCCGUCCCUCCUCUUUUUUUUCCCGGCAGAUCUCUGUUGUGUGGGAGGGCAGCGGGGAUGGACUUGAGCUUGCGGAGCUCCUGCUAGAGCAGCGCGCUCGGAGAGCGCGCCCCGCCGCGAGGAGCCGCCGCCGCCGCCGCCCCAGGCCCCGCCGCCCGGCCUCCGCCCGCCCGCGCCCCGCUCGGCCCCCGCGUCCGUGCCCCCGGGAGAGUGCCCUCGCCGCGGCAGAUGUGUGUGGGGUCGGCCCACGGCGGGGACUAUGGUGAAAUUCCCGGCGCUCACACACUACUGGCCCCUGAUCCGGUUCCUCGUGCCCCUGGGCAUCACCAACAUAGCCAUCGACUUCGGGGAGCAGGCCUUGAACCGGGGCAUUGCUGCUGUCAAGGAAGAUGCCGUGGAGAUGCUGGCCAGCUACGGGCUGGCAUACUCCCUCAUGAAGUUCUUCACGGGCCCCAUGAGUGACUUUAAAAAUGUAGGCCUGGUGUUUGUGAACAGCAAGCGAGACAGGACCAAAGCCGUCCUGUGCAUGGUGGUGGCCGGGGCCAUCGCCGCCGUCUUUCACACCCUCAUAGCAUACAGUGACUUAGGCUAUUACAUCAUCAAUAAACUGCACCAUGUGGAUGAGUCCGUGGGGAACAAAACGAGAAGGGCCUUCCUGUAUCUUGCUGCCUUCCCUUUUAUGGAUGCAAUGGCAUGGACCCAUGCUGGCAUUCUCUUAAAACACAAAUACAGUUUCCUGGUGGGAUGUGCCUCAAUCUCAGAUGUCAUAGCUCAGGUCGUUUUUGUAGCCAUUUUACUUCACAGUCACCUGGAAUGCAGAGAGCCUCUGCUCAUCCCGAUCCUCUCCCUGUACAUGGGCGCCCUGGUGCGCUGCACCACCCUGUGCCUGGGCUACUACAGGAACAUCCACGACAUCAUCCCCGACAGGAGUGGACCAGAGUUGGGGGGAGAUGCAACAAUAAGAAAGAUGUUGAGCUUCUGGUGGCCUUUGGCCCUCAUCUUGGCCACACAGAGAAUCAGCAGGCCUAUUGUCAACCUCUUUGUUUCCCGGGACCUUGGCGGCAGUUCUGCAGCUACAGAGGCAGUGGCAAUUUUGACAGCCACGUACCCUGUGGGUCACAUGCCAUAUGGCUGGUUGACGGAAAUCCGCGCUGUCUACCCUGCUUUUGACAAGAACAACCCCAGCAAUAAACUGGUGAGCACAAGCAGCACGGUCACGGCCGCCCACAUCAAGAAGUUCACAUUUGUCUGCAUGGCCUUGUCGCUGACGCUCUGUUUUGUGAUGUUCUGGACACCCAAUGUUUCCGAGAAGAUUUUGAUAGACAUCAUCGGGGUGGACUUCGCCUUUGCAGAACUCUGUGUUGUCCCUUUGCGCAUCUUCUCCUUCUUCCCGGUCCCAGUCACUGUGAGGGCCCAUCUCACUGGAUGGCUGAUGACGCUGAAGAAGACGUUUGUCCUGGCCCCCAGCUCUGUGCUGCGGAUCAUCGUCCUCAUCACCAGCCUCGUGGUCCUGCCCUACCUGGGGGUACAUGGAGCCACCCUGGGCGUGGGCUCCCUCCUCGCGGGGUUUGUGGGCGAGUCCACCAUGGUCGCCAUAGCAGCCUGCUACGUCUACCGGAAACAGAAAAAGAAGAUGGAGAAUGAGUCAGCUGCAGAGGGGGAGGAUUCAGCGAUGACGGACAUGCCUCCAGCCGAGGAGGGGACAGACAUCGUGGAGAUGCGAGAGGAGAACGAAUGAGCGCAGCACCAUGGAGGCAGUCCAGCCGACCCUUCACACCAUCUCCUCUCCCAUCGUGUUCUGUCCUUCUUCGGUUUUGGCCUUGAUUUAAAGGUUUCAUGUCAACUCUCUGGCAUACUGGGUAUGCUCACACUGAUGUGGGGACCUAAAUGGUCUGUGCCAUUGCUUUGUAAAAACAAACAAAACAAUUGGCUUCAUGCCCUUGCUUUACAAAAACCCAAAAGACAGCUGCCUCGUAGCCCAAGGUGUGUUCUCCUCCCUCGGACAAUCUCUGCUUGGAACCAAAGGACCGCGGCUCUGCCAUCCAUCGCCCCUCCACCACCACGCCCAGCAGGCCACACUUCACCCUGUCCCUUCGCAUCUCUCCUAAGAACCAAGGGUCACAACCGGGCUUUCUUUGAUUGGUUGCCCAGUAACACAGCUGUACCCAGAGAGGUAACCCUGGUGGCCUUCCACUACGGGGUCAUAAACUGCUGCCCACGAGCAGAGGGUCAGCAACAGGCUGCAGCCUGGAGUGACCGUUACCGCUGAGGACUGGAUUUGCAAACACGCUGGAUGGACAGAUGGAAAUAAUCUCCUGUAGGAAGGUUUGAGGUGCCACAGGAGUAGUGAAUGAUAGCAUUUCAUCUUGUAUUUUCCUAGGUUUGAGUGAGCUCCAUAUACAUACAUGAACUAAAUGUUUUAAGUUGUCACAAAUGCGCAUCUGCAAAUUUCAGCGUCCACAGGCAUGACUCUCCCUGAAGGCUUGUUUUUCACUCACCUUUCCUGAAGAUGGCACUAGAGCAAGUGAAAUGGAGCGUACUAACUUUACAUUUUAGUUUUUAAAGUGAACUGAAGCUUUAAAUCAUAAUCUAGCAUUUUAAUGCCAGGUUGCUAUAUCAUACCUUUUGAAAUAGUUCAUUACCUGGUUCUGCCAUUAUUAGACAUAACCACGUGGUACAAGUGAUUCAGAGUGUCCUUCGGUACUCCCCUCUAACGCCACAUGAUAAAGCAAGACAUUUUAUAAACGAUAGCAAAGUCACUAUGUGAUAUUCCCUGAAAAGACACAUUUGAAAUCCAUUUAGUGCAGUAUAUUUUUCUAAGUUUUGGAAAGCGGGUUUUUUCUUUAAAAAAAUUGUGGACACCGUUCACUAAAUUCUUGAUUUAAUCAAAAUUCCUAGGCAGAAAGAACCUAAACACAAAAAUAUUUUAAAGCUAUAAAUAUAUACUGUAUAUGUUAUGUAAUUUAUUUUAGGCUAUAAUACAUUUCCUAUUUUCGCAUUUUCAAUAAAAUGUCUCUAAUACAA